AUGAAAGUGAAUUUUCGCAAGGGAGUGAAGCGAUUAGCUGAAUGGAAAUAUUUCAUUGAUCCGGAUGUCGAACAUGUUUUGGUCUUUCAAUCUGGUACAAAGUUUUUCGAAUAUGAGAUUUAUCUCAAUCGACACAUUCUGCUCAUGGAUAAGGCGAGCUGUUUACCGUGUUUGGCGUUAUCUCCCUCACCAGGUAGUAUAGUUCUUGAUGCAUGUGCUGCACCGGGAAAUAAAACAAUAUGUCUAGCAAAUUAUCUUAAGAAUCAAGGGACUCUCUAUGCAAUAGAAAAGAAUAGACGACGUUUCAAAGAAUUGAAUACAAAUCUGAGAACAGCUGGUGUAAAAUGUGCACAGACGUUUAAUGAUGACUUCUUGACAGUGUCGUUACCGUUCGAUGAUAUUGAUUACAUAUUGCUCGAUCCAUCUUGUUCCGGUUCGGGUAUUCGAAACCGGACUGAUGAUCCAGAAGUGAUCGACGAAGAACGUUUAGAACGUCUUGCAGCACUUCAAAUACGCAUGAUCACCUAUGCGCUGACGAAUUUUCCGAAAAUCAAACGUCUGACGUACAGCACAUGUUCCAUACAUCGCCAAGAGAAUGAAGAUGUAGUAGAAACUAUUCUCGAUCAGUUCAGUGAUCAAUUUCAGUUAGUGGAUUUUUUGCCAAAUUGGCCAAGUCGUGGACAAACAGAAAGAACUCAUGCAUGUCUACGUGCUUCACCUGACGAGACAUUGACAAAUGGUUUUUUUGUUUGUUGUUUUGAAAGAAUAAUAAAAUUAGAUGCAUAA